GUGUCCCGUCGCCAGGCGCACAGACAGCAGGCAGCAGCUGCAGCAGCGAGAAGGACCCCGGCGCCGCUCCUCUGCACUCACACACGGCCUCAGUUACGACUCCUGUAGCUCCGAAACGCAAGAGACGAGCAACCAAACGCACCCAGCACAUCCGCCCCAAAAAUGGUAGACCGCGAGCAACUGGUGCAGAAAGCCCGGCUGGCCGAGCAGGCGGAGAGGUACGACGAUAUGGCAGCGGCCAUGAAAUCGGUGACGGAGCUGAACGAAGCACUAUCCAACGAGGAGAGGAACCUGCUCUCCGUGGCCUAUAAGAACGUGGUUGGGGCAAGGCGUUCAUCCUGGCGCGUCAUUUCCAGCAUUGAGCAGAAGACGUCCGCAGACGGUAACGAAAAGAAGAUCGAGAUGGUGCGCGCCUACCGGGAAAAGAUCGAGAAGGAGCUGGAGGCCGUCUGCCAGGACGUGCUCAACCUCCUCGACAACUUCCUGAUCAAGAACUGCAACGAGACGCAGCACGAGAGCAAAGUGUUCUACCUGAAGAUGAAGGGCGACUACUACCGCUACCUGGCCGAGGUGGCCACGGGGGAGAAGCGGGCCGCGGUGGUGGAGUCCUCCGAGAAGUCGUACAGCGAGGCCCACGAGAUCAGCAAGGAGCACAUGCAGCCCACCCAUCCCAUCCGCCUGGGCCUGGCUCUCAACUACUCAGUCUUCUACUAUGAGAUCCAGAACGCCCCGGAGCAGGCGUGCCAUCUGGCCAAGACCGCCUUCGACGACGCCAUCGCCGAGCUGGACACCCUGAACGAGGACUCCUACAAAGACUCCACUCUGAUCAUGCAGCUGCUACGAGAUAACUUGACGCUGUGGACGAGCGACCAGCAGGAUGACGAGGGAGGAGAGGCCAACAAUUAAAGAGUCCAAAACCUCAUUUCUGCCAAAAACAUGCGCGCUCACUAAUGACAAAAUAAUAAUACUAGUUCUUAGAAAUAAAAAAAGAGGGUGGGCUGGAGAGGGGGGGCGGUCGAGCGUUGGCAGCCAAUUCAGCCGAUGGUACCAACGUGGCUGCUGUUCUUUAUUUUUCAACAAAUUAAAACUGAAAAAAUAAUACUAUGUUGACCGAGGGAAGAAAUUUUUAGUUUGAGAGAUGACAUAGGAUUUACAAAAAAUAAAUAAAAAGAAUGAACCCCCCCUCCUUGGUAGCCUCCGCAGCGUUUGCCAAAAUACCACUUUAGAAGCAAGAGGUAUGUCAUUCAUCACAGUGUGACGAUUGAGUAAACACGCCUUCACACUGGCAGAGACUGGUCUCAUCGCGCAAAUGAAGCUGAGCUGUCUUAUUGUAUUUGGUGAGGGGAGGAGCAUUCGGAUAUUGAGUUUUCAAUGCUUGAGCAACCAGAAAAUCGGAGUAACCUUGAAUGUCGCGGCCUUGCUUAGCGAGAGAGAAAGACGUGGGUGAGAGAGAGAGAGAGAGUUGCGGAGAUGCAGGGCUUUUCUAGGGUCGUCAGCGGGACACCUGUAGUUGUACCGCACUAUCGUUGGGUGACAAACACGUUGACUCGGUUAUUGAGGAUGACAUUAAAAAAAGAAAAUAAUGAAAUAAAUUGUUUUUGUUUUGCUUUGUGUCAGGUACGUGUCCAGCUCGGCCACAGUCAUACUGUAACAAAAAAUACAAAUUUAUGAAGUAGACUUAUUGCAGCUUGUCCCUCUCAUGUACUGAUGUGCUUUGUUGAAUAAAUUAACAGUUUGUUGGAUGCCUAAUUCUUAUUGUCAGUAUUGCUGUUACAAUAACAGCUACCAUUGGCUACUUGGAAGAAAAAACGAUUUGAUUCGUAGUAAUCCAGAUUGCAAAAUUAAAUGAAUGGAAAUUUUAAAAAGAGAACCGAUUAAGCACACUAUCACAAGUCGACCCUUACUCUAGUUAUAAAACUCCAGUUAUAUGGUCUCCACAACAACCAGAAGGGUCUCUGAAACGGCCCUUUGAACCACAGACUUUAUUGGUGAACUCUGUGCAGAUUGUGGUCGGAGCACAUGCAAGUGGAAGCUCUAAAAGCAGAUGUGGGGUUUGUUGAUUUAAUUUGUCGGCAGUUUCUUCUUGGUCAAGAGAUGCACUUCCCUAUUAUACUGUUUCUUCAGUGUAACAUGAUAACUGCUCCAAUAUUCUCCAUAAUACAAUAUUGUGCAUGCUGGUGAUGUAUUUAUACAGUAGCUUCAAUUUAUUAACUUAUACUGUAGAUGUUAUGUAUUCAUAUGGACAUGAAAUUACUAGACUUAAUUGGAUUAUUUUCUAUUUAUUUCUUUUUAUUGCGAUCAUUAGCUAAACCUUACUUUAAUCUGUGUUUUCUUUACUCCAUUUGCUGAAGUACGCUAUACCAAAACAGUGAUUGUUGACAAUAAAUUGAUCUGUUACGGACA